GUGACGUCACCGCCGGGGCCGGGCGCCUCCCGCCGUGCCCCGCGGCCGGAAGUGGCGCGUGCAGGGAGACGUGUCGGAGCGGCGGGGCCGGAGCGAUGAUCACGGACGUGCAGCUCGCCAUCUUCGCCAACAUGCUGGGCGUCUCGCUGUUCCUGCUCGUCGUGCUGUACCACUACGUGGCCGUCAACAACCCCAAGAAGCAGGAGUGAGGAGCCCGGAGGAUCCCGGCGAUCCCGGAGGACCCCGCCCCGC